CUUGGAAUGAAAAAAUAAGAGAUUACAUUCAUGGAUAACCAACAAGAUAAGACUGCUGUUGCCUCAGUCAAUGGAGAAAAUGCACUGGUUAAUGGUGUCAAGAAAAAUGACUCAGAGGACCAGGAUAUGGCAAUGAAGUCAUUAGCAGCUCUUGAAACUGCUGCACCAAUCCAAUCUAUACAAGUGGUACCAAAAGAGACCUUAAUGUACCCCAGGGGUCUCCUACCUCUGCCUUCAAAGAAGCCCAGUAUGCAUAGCCCUCCUUCACCUUUAGGCCUGAUAGAAGCACCUGAACACAUUGCUAACAGUAAUUCUGUGAAUGCUAUCUCUCUCACAUCUGGAAUUGCAAAAGGCCUGAACACUUGGUCACUUCCCAAUGAGUGUGAAAGGGCUCCGUUUGCCAUAAUGGAGCCUGCAGGCAUCUCAGGUCUGAAUGGAGACUGUCUCAUGCAGCCAAGCCGGACUUGCUUGGGCUGCUUCAUGGAAUCCAAGGAUACUGUAGAACCUGAAGCAGGAAUCAGUCUAAAAGCUGGUGAUCUAAAUAGGGAUUAUGAAACUUGUGCAGUCUCUGAUAUAGGAAUUCAAUGUAUUAAUGCUGGAGAAAACAUGAAAUACGGAGAACAGCUUCUCUCAGACCAGCUCUUAGGUUUCCCACUACAUAAAUCUAGGGUAGCAGAUAGAAGAGAAACUGAAAAAACUGACAUUGACUUAGAAGAUCCAGCUCAGAAAAGUUACUAUGAAGCAUUAUUGUUAGACAAGUGCAAUACAGAAGAGUCUUUACUAGCAAAUUCUAAUCAGGAUUGGGGAUAUUUUGAAACUUUCAUUAGUGAAAGUAAGAUUGAACUGCUUGAUCUGUGUUCCAAGAAUGAGUUAUCUGUCAACCUAUUCUCUGAAGAAGAUGUGGACAACUACAUGUUUGAUGACGAUGAAUCAACACUGGGCAGUGAUGUUUGCUCUCUGAAGAUUCGAUAUGAAUCCUUCCAGGACAAUGUUCGAGACAAGACCACUCUUCUCAUGCAGGAAGAUGCUCAAUUCAACUUCUUUCCCAAUGUCUUUACUACUUGCCCCAAAAGGGAGUCUAAGAGUGGGGCUUUGAAGCAUAACAGUGAUCUUUCCCAAUUCAAGGUUCCUGAUGUGAGCAUCAUCUGGGGGGAAGAAGAUAAAAUCAUGGAUAAGAAAAAAGGAAAAGAAAAAGGAGAAGACAAAGGUGUAGGAAAAAAUGGUGAAAACAAUGCUGGAGAAAAAGCUGUUUUAAAUAAUCCAGGUAGUGUGACUGAAAUGGGGAAGUUUAAGAAUACAAAACAAGAUCAGCCUAUCAAUUCUUUGGAAGCAUCAGGGAAUUUCAGUGAGGACAGUUCCUUCGCUGAGGUAUCUUAUGAUACCACAGGGGAGAUCAAGGACUGUAAUCGCUAUAUGGCACGGGACACCAAUUCUGGCAGUUCUUCCUCCCAGCAGAAUUAUGGGCUGCGAGCUAAAAGAAAAGUCAGGUAUAGUGAAGAUUAUCUGUAUGAUGUUGACUCCUUAGAAGGUGAAAAAGUCAAUGAAAGGAAGGAAUGGCUACCUGGUGGUUCCAAAGAUGAAGAUGAUGAUGAGUGGUGUCCAAAAAAGAGAAGAAAAGUAACCCGUAAGGAGCCUCCUGUUAUUAUAAAAUAUAUCAUCAUCAAUAGGUUUAAAGGUGAAAAGAAUAUGCUUGUAAAGUUGAGCAAGGUGGAUGCCAAUGAGACCACAGUAAAUUUAAGUGAAAAUCGGCUGAACAAAUAUGCCAAGCUUGCCCCCUUAAAAUGCUUCUGGCAGAAGAAGAAGAGGCAGAGAAACAGUACAGAUUCCAAUAAGACACCCUUGUGCCAAAAGCAAAGCUUUGAACCAGGGAACUUUGAGGUAUCAUUCCUGCCACCAGCUCGCAAACGAAAAUCUAAACUUGGUAGCAGGCAUAGGAUUCAAAGAAUCCCAUCUGUGGAAACUUCAGCAAGUAAUAAGCAUAUUUCAUUCUAUAAUGAACAGAGUCAAGUUAGUAAUUGUAAAGAAGAUGGAAACCUGAAAGGUACAAUUAAGUCAGCAUCUCUGGCUUCCUCCAGCCAUGCAAAUGGAUCACAUAUAAAUAAUAUCACUGGCCCUGGCUCAAUGCAAAUCAAGGUGGAAUUUAAGGGGCCAGAGAGGAAAGUGCUGAAUAAAAUCAAAUUUAGAAGUGAAGCUAGGUUAAAAUCCAAGAAAAUCAAAGCUGGGCAAGAAAGCAAGGCAGUUGUUCAAAUUAACCCUCUUCUAGAAGACCAAUCCUCUGGGGACAAUUUAAAGACUGAAUCUGUUCCUGAGAUCUCAAGCAGCUCUUAUCCAUCUGAAUUUCAAGAGGUAAAAAUCACGAAGAAUUCUACAUUCCUACCAACCAAUUGCUCUUCUGAAAUAUCAUCAUCAUCUGCUAAUGUUUCCACCAAUAUACCUGUUAUCCCUGGAGGGUAUCUUCAGACAUUGUUAGAUACUUCUGAUUUGUCGAAUAAUACUGCUAUCUCAUACUUCACUCAACAUUCUCCAGAGCAAAAUGAAGACAGAUUUACUAAAACAGAAAAAUCAUUGGUCCCUCUCCAACCUUCACAGGACUGUAUGCUUUCCUCACUUUCUGAGUCAGAACUGCAGCAGUCAUCCCAUAAUUUUAAAAUGGAAUCAGGCAACUUUGAAAAUGUGUGGCCCAACAAGCCUACUCCUGGUCCACAGGAAUUCAUGACUGAAAUCUCAAGAGAGAUAACGCCAACCCAAUCUAGUGACUUUGUAGUCUCUCAAGCUGUCUCUAUGGAAAAUAAAGUCACAGCUGCAACGUACAAUCCAGUCUGCAUCGACAAUGUGGACAAUAAUGACAACAAGGUCCUAUAUGCCUCUGUACAAGACACUCAGCUUGUAACUGAUGAAUCUUACCAAUUAUGCCACUUUAAUAAUGGAGAAAGCUGCUUUCCUUUCCAGCAAGGCCCAGUCAAUAUGGAUGAUGGCCAGCUCUUUAACUUUGAUUCAAUGACCUCACUUUCAGUCAACUCAAGCAACUAUAGUCAUUUAAACUUAAAAUCCUGUGAAAAGGAUGGUGAUGAUGAUAUCACUGAUGAUUUCCUGGCCCACUGCAGUCCUAAGCUGGUGAUCCAGCAGAGCAUUGAUGAAAUAGCACCUCUAAAAGAAUCCACUGACCUCCUGGAUAUCUCCAACUUCACUCCUGACAAAUUCCGGCACUCUUCUCUCUCAGAAGUGUCCCCACCUGACACCCCCAGCCUUUCCCCUCAAAUUGCUAGAUGUGAGAAUAUCAAAACUCUAGGAACACUGAAGUCUUUGCAAGAAGGUAUUCCAGAACCACUGGUCAAUGUGGACAAAAUCAAGUGGGACAGCAGUACCUCACAGCAGAUUCAAGUGGAUGAUGGAUUUACUUUAAAUAACCAUCAAUUUCAGUUCCAUAUGUUCAAUGAUGAGGAUUCUGUCUGUCUGGUCCCCCCAAACCCUUGCUUAUCAGUAUUUACUGAACCAUCUGGUCAAUUGAAUGCCAACAGCAAAGUGUCAAAAUCAAGAAAGAAAACUUCAAGCAAGAGUGGGACUAUAAAUCAAAGUUCUUCUCAGAAAAAUACCAGAAAAAAAUCCCCAAAAGCCAAUAACAAAGUAAUUGAAAAAACACCAGGAAAAACUUCCCACCAAACUACUAAGUUAACAAAGAAAGGAAAAUACAUGGCUACAAUCAAUGCAGAGAAACUGCAAGUUGGCAAUUAUCCUGGGGGAGGCCAAAAUAAUAAUAUAACCCAAAUUGGCAAAACAUUAACUGAAUGUGCCCAAAAUGGUAACCCUGUGACCUCUGCAAAAAUGACAACUCAAAAAAGACUUCCUGGAGAUUGGGUUUUGGGGAAGGAGAGCAACCCAGGCUGUUGUGAUAUGAGCUUGGGUACUAACACCAACAGUUUGAUGGAUGAUGACCAAAGGGAAUUUCAAGAACCUUCCUAUAUCAUAUCCAACAUUGCUUCUGGUAUGGCAGAUGUGCAGAGAUUAAUGAUGGCCUCCAUAGAGCCCCUUUGGGAACCCCUUGAACACUCUGGAGACCCUAACGUAUUCUGCUCCCCUGAGUCCAAUAGUCUGAAAUUAAAAACUCUCAAAAUAUUGGCUGGGACACCAGUGGAGGCUAAAAAAAAAGUCAACAGUAUGUCCCCAGGAGCCACUAAGAAUCACAGAUCCAUCAAGGGUGUGAGUAAAAGCAAUGGAAAGACAUCAGUAGGGGAAUCUGGUCGUGCAAGCAUUUCAUAUAAUGAGGACUCUCACUCUGCCUUCUUUGAUAAAAAGUAUGGUAACCUGAGCACUUUAGGCAGUAAUGGACCGACACAUAAAAAGUUAUAUCGCCACAAAUCCAGCUCCAAAGGCCUGAGAGAUGAGAAGAGUAAGGGAAAGUGCAUGCAGCGCGAACAGGUCCACAAGGAUGAGUCUGGGACAGCUUCUUGUGAAAAGCUGAGGGAUUCCGACUACAAUCUCGUAAAAGCAGAUACGACAUUUUGGGUUUUACCUAUGUUUGAAGAAGCGACUCACAUUUUCCAGAAAGACAUUUGAUGUUUUUGUUUUAUUUAUUUUAAAAUAUGCCUUGUGGUAUGUAUGUUGAAAUGUAAGUGCUUAAAAAACUUAAAUUGUGGGAAUAAGUCUUACAAGGCAAAUUUUAAUCUGAUAUUUUAUGUAAAAUUUUAUGUAAA